UGAGCGGCGGCGGCGACGAGGGACGGGGGAAGGGGGGCUGCACGGGGCCCGGCGGGGAGCGCGCCCCCCCCCCGGGGCCGGCCGCUUGCAGCCGCCAGUGCCUGGCAGAGAGAGCGGGCGUCCACCGCGACCCCGGCGAGAACUGCCCCCCCCAGCACCGCCCGCGGGCGCGCACACACCACACACACGCACACGCCCCCCCCCCCCAUCCAUCCUCCCCACCCCUCGCUCGCUCCCUCUCUCCUCCCUCUCCUCGCUCUUUCCCUCCCUCCCUCUCUCUCUCUGCCGGCCUCGUCGGAGAGAGUUGCAGUUCCUUCUGGGCCUGUGUGGACUAGGGGCACAACGCGGCGCCUGACCGGCAGGAGGGGAAAGCCGAGACUCAUUCAGGUUUCCAAAGAGGUCCGAGCGGGCAGCAUUAGGAAAUCUUGAAGAGUCUUACACUUUUAAUUCUCCAGUCAUUGGUUGCGCUGUGAGGACAUUGUGGUGAGGUGGUGGGAGUAAAAAGCAACUGCUUUCCUGGCCCUUUACAGCCUAGUUAAGAAUUUGACUGACAGAAUGUUGGCACCAGCUGUGGAAGAGCUGAUCAGCCUCAACUCCAAAUCUCUAUCCUGAGACAUGACAACAGGAUGUGCCUCGGAGAAGAAUCUCAGGAUAGAGAAUUUUUGAUUGAGUUCCAAACCUGCAAGCUCAGGGUUCUGUUGGUCUGCAAGUAAGCUGGGCAAUACAAGGAGUUGGAAUUCACAAAGUUGAGGUGAGAAAUUCAGUGGACAGCAGCAAAAUCUACAAAGAUUCAAACUGUAUCCAAAGAUGAUUAUAUGGAUUUAGUCCAGUGAAAUUAGCAGUAUCAAAGCCUGUUCAACUCUGCUCCACACAAAGGUUCUGAAAAUACUUCAUCUGAAAUUCCAGACUGGACAGACUCACAUUGGCUUCUAAGCCAGUGAGAACAAGGCUUCCAAAGCAUGCUGGUGCCAAGCUGUCGGAUGAUGCACAUUGUCAGGCCAAUGGUGGUAGUCCUGUGCUUGCUACUCUAUGCUGAUGCCGAAACACCACCAAAGUUUACAAGAACUCCCGUUGACCAGACAGGGGUUUCUGGAGGAGUCGCCUCAUUCAUCUGUCAAGCCACAGGAGAUCCAAGACCUAAAAUUGUCUGGAACAAAAAGGGAAAGAAAGUCAGCAAUCAGAGAUUUGAGGUAAUAGAGUUUGAUGAUGGAUCUGGAUCAGUUCUCAGAAUACAACCACUGCGCACGCCACGAGAUGAAGCUAUUUAUGAAUGUGUGGCUUCCAACAGUGUUGGCGAAAUAAGUGUGUCCACAAGACUCACUGUUCUACGUGAGGAUCAAAUUCCCCGUGGUUUCCCCACCAUUGAUAUGGGCCCACAGCUGAAGGUGGUUGAACGAACUCGUACAGCUACCAUGCUAUGUGCAGCCAGUGGCAAUCCCGAUCCUGAAAUAACUUGGUUCAAAGAUUUCUUACCUGUUGACACAAGCAACAACAAUGGCCGCAUCAAGCAGUUACGCUCAGGUGGUACACCAAUAAGAGGUGCCCUCCAAAUUGAACUGAGUGAAGAAUCUGACCAAGGCAAAUAUGAGUGUGUUGCAACCAACAGUGCGGGUACACGCUAUUCUGCCCCUGCUAAUCUAUAUGUCAGAGAGCUGCGAGAAGUUCGACGGGUCCCACCGAGGUUCUCUAUCCCCCCGACCAAUCAUGAGAUCAUGCCUGGCGGGAGUGUAAAUAUCACGUGUGUUGCAGUGGGGUCACCAAUGCCGUAUGUGAAAUGGAUGCUAGGAGCAGAAGAUUUGACACCUGAGGAUGAUAUGCCAAUAGGGAGGAACGUCCUUGAGCUUAAUGAUGUCAGGCAGUCUGCAAACUAUACAUGUGUUGCUAUGUCUACCCUUGGUGUUAUAGAAGCAAUAGCACAGAUAACUGUCAAAGCCUUACCCAAACCUCCUGGAACACCUGUGGUGACAGAAAGCACGGCAACAAGCAUAACAUUGACUUGGGAUUCUGGAAACCCUGAGCCAGUUUCUUACUACAUCAUCCAACACAAACCCAAAAACUCUGAGGAGCCAUAUAAAGAAAUUGAUGGCGUGGCCACAACACGCUAUAGUGUGGCUGGCCUAAGCCCAUAUUCAGAGUAUGAGUUUCGGGUAGUUGCUGUAAAUAACAUCGGGCGAGGGCCACCCAGUGAGCCGGUGUCAACGAGGACUUCAGAACAAGCACCUUCAAGUGCACCACGCAAUGUGCAGGCCCGUAUGUUGAGCUCUACCACCAUUUUGGUACAGUGGGAAGAACCUGAGGAACCUAAUGGACAAAUACAAGGUUACAGAGUUUAUUACACCAUGGACCCCACUCAACAUGUCAACAGUUGGAUGAAGCACAAUGUGGCUGACAGCCAUAUUACCACUAUUGGGAAUCUGGUACCCCAGAAAACGUACUCUGUGAAGGUUCUUGCUUUUACUUCUGUUGGGGAUGGACCACUUUCUAGUGACAUUCAAGUCAUCACUCAAACAGGAGUGCCUGGUCAGCCAUUGAACUUCAAAGCAGAACCUGAGUCUGAAACGAGCAUACUACUUUCCUGGACACCUCCACGCUCUGAUACUAUUUCCAGCUAUGAACUAGUUUACAAAGAUGGGGAGCACGGGGAGGAGCAACGGGUUUCCACUGAACCUACUACAUCCUAUCGCCUGCAAGGCUUAAGGCCAAACAGCUUGUACUUAUUCCGUCUAGCUGCACGUUCUCCACAGGGCCUGGGUGCUUCGACAGCAGAAAUCUCAGCGAGAACCAUGCAGUCAAAGCCAUCAGCUCCUCCUCAAGACAUUAGUUGCACAAGCCCCAGCUCCACUAGCAUUUUGGUAAGUUGGAAACCUCCACCGGUGGAAAAACAGAACGGCAUUAUCACUGAAUACUCCAUCAAGUACAUUGGGAUUGAUGGAGAAGAUGUCAAGCCCCAUGAAAUUUUGGGAAUUUCCUCGGACAGUACCCAAUACCUUUUGGAACAGCUGGAAAAAUGGACUGAGUACCGGAUCUCUGUGACUGCCCACACUGAUGUUGGACCUGGCCCAGAGAGCUUAGCAGUAUUGAUUCGGACAGAUGAAGAUGUUCCUAGUGGUCCUCCUCGCAAAGUCGAGGUAGAGGCUGUCAACUCUACUGCUGUUAAAGUGUCAUGGCGCUCACCUGUACCCAAUAAGCAGCACGGUCAGAUCCGAGGAUACCAGGUCCACUACGUGAGGAUGGAAAAUGGAGAGCCAAAGGGUCAGCCCACGUUGAAGGACAUCAUGCUGGCUGAUGCACAGUGGGAAUAUGAUGAUACUACUGAACAUGAAAUGAUAAUUUCUGGCCUUCAGCCUGAAACUACAUACUCCUUCACUGUGACAGCCUAUACAACAAAAGGUGAUGGAGCACGCAGCAAGCCUAAACUUGUAUCUACUACCGGUGCAGUUCCAGGCAAACCUCGACUUGUGAUUAGCCACACACAGAUGAACACGGCUCUAAUUCAGUGGCACCCUCCUGUGGACACUUUUGGCCCGCUGCAGGGUUAUCGGCUGAAGUUUGGUCGCAAAGACGUGGAUACAUUUACGACCAUGGAGUUCUCAGAGAAGGAAGAUCACUUCACAGCCACAGAUAUUCACAAAGGAGCUUCUUACGUCUUCAGGCUCUCAGCUAGAAAUAAAGUGGGCUUUGGGGAGGAGAUGGUUAAAGAGAUUUCUGUUCCUGAAGAGGUUCCCAGUGGAUUUCCCCAAAAUCUCCAUUCGGAAAGCUCUACUUCUACAUCAGUUCAAUUAACUUGGCAGAUGCCACUCUUGGCAGAAAGAAAUGGCAUUAUCACCAAAUAUACCAUCUUGUACAGAGAUAUCAAUGUUGCUUACCAGCCAGUUGAACUCCCUGUUGUUCCUGCUGAUACCACUAUGACACUUUCUGGCUUAAAACCAGAUACCACAUAUGAUGUAAAAGUACGUGCCCACACAAGCAAAGGGCCUGGUCCAUAUAGUCCAAGUGUCCAGUUCAGGACACUACCCGUGGAUCAAGCAGUGUUUGCAAAAAAUUUUCAUGUUAAAGCAGUAAUGAAGACAUCUGUUUUGCUGUCCUGGGAAAUUCCAGAAAAUUACAAUUCAGCCUUGCCUUUCAAAAUCCUUUAUGAUGAUGGGAAAAUGGUCGUGGAGGUUGAUGGACGUGCUACACAAAAGCUGAUCACUAACUUGAAGCCAGAGACAUCAUAUUCAUUUGUGCUGACGAACAGAGGGAAUAGUGCUGGGGGUCUUCAGCACAGAGUGACAGCAAAGACUGCACCAGACGUGCUUCGCACCAAGCCAGUCUUCAUUGGAAAGACCAACUUAGACGGCAUGAUAACUGUGGAACUUCCAGAAGUACCUUCAAAUGAGAAUAUAAAAGGUUAUUACAUAGUUAUUGUGCCUUUGAAGAGGUCUCGUGGAAAGUUUAUCAAACCAUGGGAGAGUCCAGAUGAAAUGGAACUAGAUGAGCUGCUUAAGGAGAUAGCUAGGAAACGCAGAAGCAUUCGUCUUGGAAGGGAAGUUGAAUUAAGGCCAUAUAUUGCAGCUCACUUUGAAGUUCUUCCUACGGAGUUCACGUUGGGUGAUAAGAAGCAUUAUGGUGGCUUUGAGAAUAAGCAACUGCAGAGUGGUCAAGAAUAUGUCUUCUUUGUGUUGGCUGUAAUGGAGCACUCAGAAUCUACCAUGUAUGCAACCAGCCCAUAUUCUGACCCUGUUGUGUCGAUGGAUCUUGAUCCCCAACCAAUUACAGAUGAGGAAGAAGGCUUGAUCUGGGUUGUUGGACCAGUUCUUGCAGUGGUGUUUAUCAUCUGUAUUGUUAUUGCCAUACUUCUUUAUAAAAGCAGUAAACCUGACAGGAAGAGGGCUGAAUCUGAUUCUAGAAAGAGCAGCAUACCCAACAGCAAGGAGGUCCCAUCUCACCAUCCCACAGACCCAGUGGAGCUGCGACGUCUUAAUUUUCAAACUCCAGCUUUGAGCAGUAAUUCAGUCCCCUACGCCUCCCUGAUUGGCUCUGUGUCCUCCCUCUCUAGCCAAACUACCACUCAGUCCUUAUAUGAUAAUAACUCUCUCCCACGAUUCGCUCGAAAAGGUAUGGCCAGUCAUCCCCCAAUACCUAUCUUGGAACUUGCAGAUCACAUUGAAAGAUUGAAAGCAAAUGACAAUUUGAAGUUCUCACAGGAGUAUGAGUCUAUUGAUCCUGGCCAGCAGUUCACAUGGGAACACUCUAAUCUCGAAGUAAACAAACCAAAGAAUAGAUAUGCGAAUGUAAUUGCAUAUGACCAUUCUCGUGUUCUACUCUCAGCAAUAGAAGGCAUACCGGGCAGUGACUAUAUCAAUGCCAACUACAUAGAUGGAUACAGAAAGCAGAAUGCUUAUAUAGCAACGCAAGGGGCAUUGCCAGAAACCUUCGGUGACUUCUGGAGAAUGAUGUGGGAGCAACGGGGUGCAACAGUCGUCAUGAUGACAAAACUAGAGGAGAGGUCCAGGGUGAAAUGUGAUCAGUACUGGCCAAGUAGAGGCACAGAAACUUACGGACUAAUCCAAGUGACCCUUUUAGACACUGUUGAAUUGGCAACAUACUGUGUUCGUACAUUUGCACUUUACAAGAAUGGUUCAAGUGAGAAAAGGGAAGUGAGGCAAUUCCAGUUCACUGCCUGGCCUGACCAUGGCGUCCCAGAACACCCAACACCAUUCUUAGCUUUCCUGCGACGAGUCAAGACCUGCAACCCACCUGAUGCUGGACCUAUGGUUGUUCAUUGCAGUGCUGGAGUCGGCAGGACUGGCUGUUUCAUUGUGAUAGAUGCCAUGUUAGAGAGAAUAAAGCAUGAAAAGACUGUAGAUAUUUAUGGCCACGUAACUCUAAUGAGAGCGCAGAGGAAUUACAUGGUUCAAACUGAGGACCAAUACAUCUUUAUCCACGAUGCACUGCUGGAAGCAGUGACAUGUGGAAAUACCGAAGUGCCAGCCAGAAACCUGUAUGCAUAUAUCCAGAAGCUGACACAGAUAGAAACAGGCGAGAAUGUCACAGGAAUGGAACUGGAAUUUAAGCGUCUUGCUAGCUCUAAGGCUCACACUUCAAGAUUCAUCAGUGCCAAUCUUCCAUGUAAUAAAUUCAAAAAUCGCCUUGUCAAUAUUAUGCCAUAUGAGUCUACAAGGGUAUGCUUGCAGCCAAUCCGAGGAGUAGAAGGCUCUGAUUAUAUCAAUGCCAGUUUCAUUGAUGGAUACAGACAACAAAAAGCUUACAUAGCUACACAGGGUCCUUUAGCAGAAACAACUGAAGACUUCUGGAGAAUGCUCUGGGAGCACAAUUCUACAAUUGUGGUCAUGCUCACUAAGCUACGAGAAAUGGGCAGAGAAAAAUGCCACCAGUACUGGCCUGCAGAGCGCUCAGCCAGAUACCAGUAUUUUGUAGUAGAUCCAAUGGCAGAAUACAACAUGCCACAGUAUAUUCUGAGGGAAUUCAAGGUUACAGAUGCAAGGGAUGGCCAGUCCCGAACAGUGAGGCAGUUCCAGUUCACUGACUGGCCAGAACAAGGAGUGCCAAAGUCUGGAGAAGGAUUUAUUGACUUCAUAGGCCAAGUGCAUAAAACAAAAGAGCAGUUUGGUCAGGAUGGACCAAUUUCUGUUCAUUGCAGUGCGGGUGUUGGAAGGACUGGAGUAUUCAUAACUCUGAGCAUUGUGUUAGAAAGAAUGAGAUAUGAAGGUGUUGUAGAUAUCUUCCAGACUGUCAAAAUGUUAAGGACGCAGCGGCCAGCCAUGGUACAGACAGAGGAUCAAUACCAAUUCUGCUAUCGAGCCGCACUGGAAUAUCUGGGCAGUUUUGAUCACUAUGCAACAUAAAAACCCGUCGUGGAUUUUUAUUGCAGGCCCUUUAAGAUCCAGAGAGCCGCUUCUGAGCCAUACGAUGUGCUUUAGAAGUACUUCUUAACUCUUCGCUAAGGAGCAAUUAUUGGGGAUAUAUAAAAAAAAAACAAAUGAACAAAAAUGGGGAUAUUUAAAACAAAAAUAACAACAACAACAACAACAACAAACUAUUCCAUGUGGACCAAGAAUUCACAGUUUAAUAACGUAACCAUAAUAAAAGAAUCCUGACCACUGAGGCGUCUGGAGGAUCUAAUUUACAGAUACCUCAAGGGUUCGACAUUGGUUGAAGUUAAAGGGAAGAGGAAAAUGAUCAGAGAGAAUGAUCAUCUUGUUCAGGAUUUCAUGCUUUUGCAAAGAAGAAUUUUGAGAGAACUGCAGUUCAGUGCAAGGUGUUUAUUAAAAGAUUGGGUCCUGGCUUCUCAAAUAAAGCGGACUCUUGACUUCAACAUCACCCCUUCCCAUCAUACGGCUCAUCAUAACACUUUAGGGAAAAUGUGGGAAUGAUUAAAAAGGAAGUCCUCGAUUUAGUUUUUUAGUAUUGUAAAGAUACUGCUGACCUGUGCUUCAUUUUUAACUGUGUAAACUUUUUCCUUUUUUUAACAAGAGUUUAUCAUUCAUUGAGGUGAAUUAAAGAAAAGGUUGCAUAACUGUUAAUCUUUUUGUUUAAAAACUGUAGAUUUUUUUUUUAAGCUGUAGAAUUGUUAUCUGUAAUAUCGUGCUGUAGAAAUGUUAAAUAAUUUGAAAAUAUGCACAUUUUUGUGCAGUACUAUAUUUCUCUACAGUACCACAGUCUUGUUAGGUAUUACUUUUACGGUUUUGUUUGGUUUAUUUUUCUUUAAGAAAAUAUUCAUUGUAAUCAGUUAAAUCAAAAUGGGGCUUUUUGGUUUCUUUUGGAAUCAACAGGGAGGCGCAAAGUAUAAAGAUGCUGCUAACACACACGCGCAUGCACACAUAUGCACAUGCACACCCACACCCUCGCUCUCUCUCUCUAUAUAAGUAUAUGUAUGUAUUACUGUCUACCCUUGUCUAAUUCUCUGUAUAGUUACAGAGAUACAGAUAGGUAGAUAUUCACACACACAUAAACAUACCAAUUCUUCCAUAUCUGGAUUUAUCAAAGCAUUGGGAAAGUUUUUCAGCAUACUACAAUUACAUUAAACUACUAUUUGAUCAUCUCUGCAUUUCCAAGGUCCAUAAACUUCUGUUUCAAAGGGAAGUGAGGAAUGCACAUCAUUGAUAUUUGAACGUCUUCUCUAUCCCAAACAAUAUUUCUAUCCACAUUGCCACUUGAACACACACACGCACACACACACACAUGCACACACGCACAGAGUAUGUGAUUUAGGCUUCCAGUGAAGUUCAAUAUUUGUAACACUAUAGUGCAAUAAGAAAUCAUAUUAUUAAAUGUAGGAGGUGUGCAUGUGGGAAAGGUCAGUGCAUAUCCCUUUAGGAGGGGAGAAUGUUGUAAUAUACUAGGUAUUAAGAUGUUUUAAAAUUGUAUUCUAUAGUAUACUGUCUAUAGUGUGCGCUAUAUAAUUUACAUUUACCGUAUGUAACAGGGCAAAGCCAAACACACAUUGCUCUGUGAAAUCAAACGUUUUGUGGCAUACAGCAUUGUUUUGGGAUGCUGGGUUUUAUUUUAAUUUUACAUUUAGAGUGCCUUAUAUUUGAUGCCUAUUUUGAAUAGCAUUUCUUUAAGUUAGCCUUCAUUUUGUAUUUAGUUCAGUUUGUUCAUGUCUCUGUUAUUCUUUUCAAACAUUUUAAUACAUGUAUCAGACAAUUUUGAAAAAUAUGCAUUUCCAGUUUCUAAUGAAGUAUGGAUGGUAAUAAAUGAUAACCCAAAACAUGUAGGUAGUCAAGGCCCUUUAUCUUUCCAUAUUUCCAGUAACAGACCAGUCCACAAAGUAAAAAUCUAUUUCUCAUUGUCUUUUAAAACCCACUGUGUCACUGGUUAUUGUGUUAUCAUUACAGAGAUGUAGCAGUACACUAGCAGUAGUUAACACUGGCAGUGUUCAUGCAUCUUUUUUUUAUCUUUUUUGGGCCAAGUCCUGGUCAUUCAAUUGUGUCAACAGAGUACUAAAGUCAAACCAUUGCUUUCAGUGGGAGGGUUCAUGUAAGGCUGGCAAGACUGAGCUGACAGGAUAUAUUUGAGAGUGACACUAGAUUUUCUUCCUGAGAACAAAGAAAAUUCUGUAAACAGCACAAAGUACUUUUUGAGACUCUUGAUAAGAUGCCAUUUACAUUGACCCUGGUUUCCAUCAUGCCUUCUACCAUUGUCAAUACAUGAGUAUCAAAGGAAUUCUUUCUUUGGGGUUUCAAAUAGAAGUAUUGCUAUGACCUGUCAAUGUGACCUCAACUUUUUUUCUUCUUCCACUUUGCCCACUACUAGCAGAAAGAAAAAUAUGAAAGACCAAACUCUAGCAAGCAUUGUAUUUGAGCACUUUUGUAAAGAAAAAAAAAAGAAAAAAAAAAAAAAAACGAAAACACAAAAAUAUAAAUAUAUAUAUAUGGAAUGAAGGCUACCUCAGAAUGAGAUUCUAUAACUUACAUCUGAACCAGAAAAAAAUGUGCACUAUGUUUCUUUUUCUUCUUCUUUCUUGAUUUGUAUUUUAAAAUAAUUAUUGAAGUGCCAGGUUAUGUGGUGUGGUCAUGUUCUUCAGCUCAAAUGCAGAGGACCAGAAAAAAACUAUAAUCAAAAAAAAAAGCAUCAUUUUGGAAACAUAGACUAGGGAAUAUUCUUGCACACUGGAUCUGUAAAAGAAUCAGAGCAUUGUCCCUAGCAGACUAUCUUGCAAGCUCCAAAGAAAGUAAAGGAAUAAAAAAAAGGAAAGCAGAGCCAAUUUAUGAGGAAAAUUGUUGUAUAACUAACUAUUCCAUUUAGUUUUUGUGUUUCUUAAGAUAACUGCUAGCAUCAUUGAUGUGCAUUCCACUUUCUGUACUCUUAUAUGCAGUCUUUCUACAGUUAAUUUAAGUUGUGAGCUUCUUUGUCUACACACAUCAUACAUUUCCAGGCUUAAAAUUGGUUUCAUCAGCGUAACCAGUAUGGUGCUAUUAUUUAUGUUUAUAUGUGUAGUUAUGUCUAAUUUUGUAAUUAGUUGCAAUGGGAAAAAAAACCACAAAAUAUAUAAAAAUGAUUUAUACCGAAGCUUAAUUUAGCUCUUUUUUAAAAAAUUAUUUGAGUGGUUAGAUAGCAGAGAGGAUAGCUGGGGGAAGGAGUGGCCCUCUAGGGAGAUUUGCACUUUCUAUAUAUACCUUUGUACUAUGCACUGCCCUAUUGAUUCUACACCCAAUAAUAUUAUAACUUGAACCCAUCUGUAAGAAACUGCUUAUAAAAUCCACUUGUGUGUAUUUAAAUGACACAGAACAUGUAAAAAGGAAAAAAAAAGUUUGCAAUGGCUAAAAAAAAUGCAACUGCUUUUUUUCCUUUUAUUCUCUCCUAUUUUUCUUUAAUUUUAUUUUUUCUUCUUUUCUUUUCUUUUUUUUUUCUUUUUUCUUUUUUUUUUUUUCUUGGUGCCCUGAUACUCCAUAGAUAUCAGAAGGCUGCAGGUCUCAUCAUAACCAUCUGUUAUGUGGCUUUGACAUUCAAGCUUGGAGUGUCUUUACAAAGAUAAUAAAAAUUGUGUUCUUUGCUCUUGUUUUGGAUGCAUAGACUGAAAAAUUUAAGAAAUUACCUUGUAAAAUGGCUUGUUAAAAAAGAUACAAUUACCUCUAAUUAGUAGUACGCGUAAAUGUUUUACAGAAUGAAAGGCGUGCUUUUUAUUUUCUUACUUCGUUACAUUGGUGGCGAAAGAAAGUCUGUAUGAAAAUCAUUUCUUUGCUGACACAAGUUCCAUUUGUUACAAAUGAAUUCUAAUAAAAUGUCAGUGUUAUGCAGCCCUGGUCUUCUUUCUUAAGCAGCACUUUUGAAAUCAAAACUUGUUUCGUCCCUCCUGGUGAUAAAGGAGUUUAAUUGGAACUACAAAGCAGUCAUUAAUCAUCUUAACUAGCAGCUGGACAGUGGAAAAUGCAUUCUUAGCUUAGCAAAUAUAUAUCAUCUUUAGCAGCAAAUUUUGAGCCAGCAUAGGCAAUCUCUUUGGCAUGAAUUCCCAUAGCUUUAUGAAUUGAAUUGAAAUUAUCACACUUUACAUUCCUCAGGAGUUCCCCUUUGUGCUUUAGAAAUGUAUCAUUACAUUGAAAAAGUAGACCUCUGUCCCACCUAAAGAGGGGAAAAUAUCCCCAUUGUGGGUCAAAUUGUGAAUUUUUCUGUCCUGUGGAUUUGGCAGGUUCUGGAGUAAAUCCAAAGUCACUAGUCAGAAUUCAGUUACAGAAAAUGUGGCAAGCAGUCAUGACAGAUUUUUGACUCAUUUCUGCUCUGCACUGCAUGUGCAGCGAGUGCAAAUGUGGGUCUCUGAAGCUGCUGUCCAAACACUGUGCGAGUGUUUUCAAACGCUUUGAAAAAGUUUUAAAUGAACAUGCCAUGUGUGUUGAGGCAAUCUACAAGGGGCAUGGAGAUCUAGUCAAGGAUAACAUAAAAAAAAGACUUGCUCUGUUUGCUUGUUUUGAAAGAGGGCAGGUUUUAUCUCCAAGAUUGCUUUGUUAGUAAGGGAACACAGUCCAUUAGCCACUAGUAUUAAGUACAUGUAAAUAAAGAAUUCUCUGUGCUGGAAGGAUGUGCAAAGACAUAAAUAUUAGACUGAUUUCUAAGAACUUGUAUUCUUCUUAGCCUAAUUUCCACGUUAAGAUGGUGAUAAUAGUGUGAAUGUGAAGCCUUGGUAUUCUUAGAGAGUAUUACUAAUGUUUUUCCACUGACUUCUGUGGAUUUUACUGCUUUGCAGGCUGCCUUUGGCUUGAACCUUUUUUACAUAGUCUGUGCAAGGUGGUUUAAAGCUGUGUUAUGUAAGGGUUUCUUUAACUAUCUGAGUGGCUUUAGAUGGCGCCCUUUAAUGUCAGCAUUGACUUCUUUGGAUUUUCCUGUUCUGUGCAUCUAGCAUGGGCCAAAAUAAAGUGUGAAAAUGAAUAUUGAUAAAAAGAUUUGGCUAUGUAUGGGUUAAUACAUUUUAAGUUAAUGAGUUUCAACAACACUAGUUCUAAUUCAUGCUUCCUUCACAAAUAAAAAAACAUUUUUAUGUCAUGUACUUUGAGAUCAUUAAAGUUAAGAAAUGCUGUUGAGGUGUGCAAUUAACCCAUCUCAAAGCAAAACAAUACCUACAGACUUUCAAGCACAAUAACAUUGGCAUCUUUUCAAUAUUAUACAAACACUUGAACCAAAUUCCCAGAUUCCCAGAAUCUUUGGUGUUCUUUAAUUCUGGUAUCUCUCAAAAUGAGACAGUCAGUCCUGAUUCUAGAGCAAGAGAGGAUUUCCAUCUGUGCUUUGUAUUUCUUUUCCCAUUGCCUGCUUCUCCCAGUCACUGUGACCUUAAAACAAACGUCAGCUACUGGUAGAGGUAUAAGUAUUGAAAAAGUACUGAUGAGGAAAAUAUAGAAAGAAAUUGUUCACGGACCAGAGAGUCCAGAACAGGUCAAUACUCAACAGAUCAGUACCCAGUGAAACCUAAAGAGCAUUAGUUAUCACUGGUCAACAAAGGGACAGAAAAAUGUUCAUAGAAAUUGCUGAGUCCUUUUUGCUUCAGAUGUGAACAUGGCCUCUUUUUUUAUUUCCUCGUAAACAGCUGUAUAAGCAGAAUGAUCUUUAAUUACUUUUCACAGACUGGAAUUUUGAAGAAAAUAACCAACAAAUUUGCUGAUGUGUAAGCCAACCUACCAGUCAGUGAUAAAUUACUUCCUCUUCCAUAAAACUUAACAUGAAAAAAAAAAAAAAAAUCCUGCCUGUGGAGCUGCUGAAUUCUAUGAAAUAGCCUUGCAUUUUGAAAUCUUGAAAUUUAACAUCUUCAGACAAUCAAACUUCAACAAUAACACUUGAUCAAAUUGUAAAAAAUGUCCACAGAAGGUGCCAAAUGGUAUCAAUAUUACUUUGUUGUCGAAGAACAUCCUUAAAGCAGUUUCUGAAGUGUGAAAUAGUGGUACUUUUUUCAGUCUGUCACUGUGCAUGGGGACAUGAAGCACUGAUGGGUUAUGAGGCUAUGCACCUGUAGCAAAUUUUUAUCUUAAGACCUGUGGCAAAUUUUAAUUUAAUUUUUGUUUGUUUGAUUAUUUUUUAUUCUAUUUUUAUUUGUUUAUUUUAUUUUAUUCUAUUUUUCUGUUUUAUUUUUAAGGAGGGAAUAUUGAUGCUCUGCUACUGAAUGCAACUAUUUUGAAAGUUACUUAAUUCAAAAACUGAAGGAUUUGAAUAAUGUAGUUGUACUGAUAUUCAAGAGAGUAUUUUCUCUUUACACUGUCCUGUGUGUUUUAAACAAGGUGGUUCUAUUCUUCAGUUCUGCUUAUGAAGGGUACCACAGUAUGAUGCAGAAUAUUUUUGUAUUACUAAUGUAAUGAGUCAAGAUGGAAGGAAACAUCUGCCGACUAGCUUUCAGAGGAAAGCAGAAUGAUAACCUGCAAAUGAGACACUGUAGUGAAUAGAGAUCAUUUUGCAUCUAAACUAUAAAUAGGAUGUUUUUGAACCCAAAAUGCAUUCAGCUUGCUUCUGUCAGCAGAAAUCUUUAUUAUUGUAGCAGGAACAAACAAACAACCUUUCUUUGCCAAUAAAAGCAGUUCAUUAUAUAUUCAAAAGCCUUAUUGGAUCUAGAAUGUAAAUCUUUAAAGUAAAAAUUCCCUGGAAAUGCCUUUCCUUCUCUCAUACAUAAAAGCAAGAAAACAGAAUGUAAGUUUUUCUUCAUUGGAAGAAAUUAUUUGAAAAUACAUUAGCAUUACUAUAGAAUCGUAGAAUGGUUUGGGUUGUAAAGGACCUUAAAGAUCAUCUAAUUCCAACCCCUUUGAUACCUCCCACUAGACCAGGCUGCUCAAAGCCCCAUCCAGCCUGGUCUUGAACACUUUCAAGGAUGGGGCAUCCACAAUUCCUCUGGGCACUUCUGGUCUUUGAAAAUCCAGUUUGCUUGUGAAAUCUGGUAGGGUCUAAAGGACUUGAAUAAGCCCAGCAUUCUACUGUGGUAGGCACUUCACAAACAUACAGCAAAUUCUCAUCCAUACAGCAAAAGAAAACAAAGCAUCAUCUAGAGGCUGAACAUGCCAUUUCUGAGUUCAUGAGGCAAAUCAGCGUCAUCACUGACUCUGAAGCCAAGCCAGCUAUCACUACCACUACAAGGCAUCUUGUUCAGACACCAUGGUUAUUCAAAGCACACAAAAACCUGCAAAAAUCAGUGGCUAAUGUUGAGCACACAGUAACCCGUUGAACACGUAAUUGGCAAAAUGGCCAUUUUUCACUAAAGCCAUGUACUUCUGUUCCAUAACAUAAAAUACUUACCAAGUUAAUACAAUAUUGUCUCAAUAAUCCACACUUCCAAAGAAUAUUUUGCAAACAUUUCACACAUUCACACCUUGUGUUUGAACUCCUUUUAUUCCAUUUCCUCUGUAAAAAUUUGCUAUUCCUUUUUCAUCAAAUGCUUACACUUGUUCUUUGACUGUUUCCUUUAGAACUUAGUCCCUGACAGUUUUAGAGAUUUGGUACACAAUUUACAGCAUCACGCAGAAAACUGGAAAGGUAGAGUAAGACCCAAACCUAUGUACUCAGCCUGGAGGGAGCAAUAUAUUCGUCUACAAAAUCAUUCUUAACCAUUGUAGAAUGUGGAUGCAGAAUAGCUCUUACAUAAUGAGUAGGCAACAAAACCAAUACAAAUAAGAGUGUUUGGUUUUAGUCUACUGGUUUUGGCUAGGAUGGAGUUUAUUUUCUUCAUAACAACUGUAUGGUACUACAUUUUAGAUUUGUGACCCAAACAGUGCUGAUAACACACCAAAACUUUAGUUAUCGCUGAGCACUGCUUACACGGUGUCAAGGCCAUUUCUGUUUCUCACUCUGCCCCACCAACGAGUAGGCUGGGGGCACACAAGAAGUUGGGAGGGGACACAGCUGGGACAGCUGCCCAAAAGGAAAUGCCAUGUGAUAUGACACCACGCUAGGCAAUAAAAGCUGGCGGAAAAGAGAAGCAAUGGGGGAAGUUCAGAGUAACGGUGUUUGUCUUUCCAAGUAACCAUUACAAGUGAUGCCCUGUUUUCCUGGAAAGCACUAAAGGGCUAAACAUUUGCAUGCUGGUGAGAAGCACUGGCUGAAUUCCUUAUUUCAGUUUGCUUGCAUAUGCAGCUUCCAAUUUACCUCUUAAACUGUCUUCAUCUCAACCCUGUUUUCUCACUUUUACCCAUCUGAUUCUCUCCCCAUCCCACUUAGCAGUGGAAUGAGCAAAUGGGUAUGUGGACCUUAGCUGCUGGCCAGGGUUAACCCACUACAUUUGGUUACUGAUUUUUCUUGUCAGUUGUUACUUCCAAGGCUGACAUUAACCGGGAAUUGUAACUGAUGCUCCUGGGAAGCCUAUUGCAGAGAAGCUUUUUCUGCAGGCUAUUGCACGAGCAGGAGAACACAAUGGUCAAGCCCACCAGUUUCAAAAUGGGAAACAGUGUUACUGUCUAGAAACUGUAGAUAAUAAGGCGUGAGGGAUAAACAGUGCAACAAAUACAUAAACACUCUCAACAUUCAUUGACUAAAAGUCAAUUUCUACAAAUUCUGUAGAAAAAGUACAAGUCUGCAAACACACCUCACAGAUAUGGCCAUUGGAACUUCAGUUAAAAGCUUGCUCUUACACAUGCUACUCACAAGAAAGCACCACCAGGUAGUCUGUCCAGAUAGUUGAAGAACUAAUCCAAAGUGAAAGUUCUCUAGAAAGAACUGAAAGGUCUGUUAUCCUUCCUGCAUGCUAGUCCUUAGGUCAAAUGCAUGUACAAAUGCAUUUAAGGUAAGACAAUACAUUUCAGGGCUUUUUCUAAGUUUAAAAUUAUCAAUAUUUAUUUCUUAAA